ACGACUUCCACCAUCAUGUCUCCUCUCGGCGCUCUCUCAACGGCAUCGGCUCGCGAGCGCACCUUGACGGCGCCUGGGCAGAUCAACAGGACGACGGACCGCAACAGCAUACCCAACAGCAACGUCGGCACGCACUUGCGUUCUUCGUCGUACAAUGUUGGUGGGCACCACAUCCACCUUUGGCAACACAGAAGCCUCAUGACGGCUAGUCGGGUCCGUCAUGAGGCUUCUAUCUUCGUCGGAGGGUGCAUGACAAUUCAUCGCGCAUAUACCUACCUCUGACGCAUAUUCCAGUUUACCUGCAUCCAUAGACAGUGUCACUAUCAAAAGAGAGCUCCACAGAAUGUUUCUAGGCAUCAACGACACGUCCAGGGUGUCUUCUGAAAACACCCUGGACGCGUCGCUUGAGAUGGCCGGUUCACCAGAAGCAUGUCCCAUGGUUCAAAUUGUCGAUAUACACGUGCCUAACGAGGCUCCAAAUGGUGUAUGUGCGUUUGUUCAGGUCGAAGUAAGACUGUCCAUGUUUCCGCUUUGCAAUAUACUGAAUCGUGCAUAUAGUCACCGGAACAGGCGGCGCAUGUAUUGGCACAUGUCGAACAUCAUCCCUUCGUCCUUCAGGGAAGUCACCUUCGCCUCGAAAUGGCCAAAGCCUAUCGAUCCCUCAACAUCACCGUGAAUAGCGCCCUCCUGCGACAGGGAUCCAUCAAACUUGGGCGUAUUCACGAGAGUUAUCAGUGAGUGCUUGCCUGUCUAUCGGUAGCAAGUUGCUGACAUGUGUUUCUUGUACAGGGCCGUUAUCGAAAGUCCACCAGCCUUUACUGGUGGCGCCUCUCCCUCAAACGAGCUUCCUCCUGAUGAAGCCCCGGAGGACGAGCUGACGGUCAGAAUACCUGCCAGGCCCUUCUACAGAUAGCGGCGUUCUUCGGACCGAUCGAAAAAUGCCAAGAAUUCGUUGCUGAUCGUACUGGUGCGGUGCUACCCGGAGAUAGGACUUCGAAUGGAUACCGUAUUAUUGAAAUUGGAUAUCAAGACUUUGGCUCCCCUCGAAGGCGUUAACGUGGUUUGGACGCAUCACUUGGGACAUCAGUUCCUCACGGCGAAGCAAGGACAUCGCGCAAUUGGGUGUACCGGCAUGGCCUUCCAACAAGCGGGGACUCUUCGGAAGAACCUCAACGCUCUGGCACUGACUGAAGCCAACUUCCCUUCCUUGUCGUCGGCAAAAGUCACAUCCAUCUGUCCAAAUCCGCAAGAGGAAACACAACCUUCAACGCAGGCUAUAGACGAAGCCACUGAUGAAGUCCAUAUUCACGGUUCGAUUGCGGCGACGAUCACGGAGGAGAUGAGAUCAAACCAUUUGUUCUCUCCUGGAACGAACCCCCGAGUGCAGUUGCUCACCAUCGGUCCGCCACUGGCACUGGCAAGAAAGAAUCAGUCACACCUGCCCCUUGUGAUCCAGAAAUCGACCCCUGGUCGAUUCUUAUAAAGAAUCUCCGGGUCGACAAGAACUGGACUGAGGAACGUCUCAGACUGGUUUUCGAAGAGUACGGCGACGUUGAGGAGGUCAAGCUUAUACACCCGGCUUGUAAGAAUUCCUCGAGAAUUUUGAAACCAUUGGCUAAGUGUACCGGAACAGUUGAUAAACCAAAGUUUGCUUUCAUCAAGUUUUCCGAUCCAGACGCCGCACGCUUGGCUAUUUUGGAAGAGGUAAGCGAAUAACACUUUCCUUUCCAGCCUCUGUGGAUUGAAGUUCGUCAGAAUGGACAGAGCAAACACGGCCACGUCAUAUAUGUGUAUCCCAGGCAUCUCGGAGGAAAUCUCGGAGGAAACUUCAGGAACGGACCACGACGACCAACCUUCCGAAAGGAACAGCGAUCCUUCGAGAUCUCGAUGUCAGAUCAACCCGUCUCGGAUACCACCGUGAACAAGAAUUCCCAGUCAGCAUCGACAGUUCCCGACUUGUCGUCCGCUCCGACUUCGUUCCUGGAGUCAAUUGGGCUUCCCCCGGCAACACCCACUAGGUCUCUUCAAAGCCUUACUCUUCGAGAAAGACAAACGCCUCAAACAGACUCCAGGAUGUUGAGACCACCUUCAAGGAAAGGCCAAUGUUCUACACCAACGAUGACGACUGUUCCCGUUCCUACAGACAACACCCAGUGCUCGCCUUAGUCUUCAACUCAUUGUAUGCACCACCGAGAGGAGAAAAGGUUGCCGAAGUGGCCGACCCCGUUCGGAUGCAGGACGCUGCUCCUGGAGCGUACUGGGCGGAGGUACCGAGAGGGCCACCUCCCAUACAGUAUCCCGCCUAUCCCUUCCCAGGGUAUUGGGUUGGGUAUCCUGGGGGGAUAACGCCCUACACGCCUUUCACCCCUCAACGGGGCAGUCAGCCGCUUGCAUGGCCAGCAGAUCCUCCCGUGGGUGUCCAAGGUAAUCAACCGUACCCGUUUAUGCCGUGGAUGCAGCCCGGACCACAAAUGUUCCCCGCGACUCCUCCUAAUGGAUAUGACCAGAUGCAGUACGGACGCAGCAGCGCAUUGGGUAAUAACGUCCAAGAAGCACCGAUUCCGACGGGUUUGGUUCAGUCUGCCACGGGGCUCAUUAUUCCAAUUUACUCGGAAGUUGUCUUCAAUCGAUAUCUUGCGGAGAAUCCCCACGUCAUCGAUACUCGCCGCUUCUUUCCAAAUCCGAUGGCGCAAGCUCAGGCAGGCAUGAUUAUGCCUCACACACCUCAGUCGAUACUGCCGAACAGGGGUGUAUUCGAUUCCAAUGGCGGAGGACAAGGAAAUUUGUUCCUCCAUCACGAGAGGGCGGACACGAACCAAAGUUUUACAUCGACCAACUCGUUCAGCACCGCGGCGAGCGAUGGUUCUCCUUCUCGCAUGCCUUGCGGCCCGCCUCCAGCAUAUGGUGUGCAUCCGUUGAUGGGCCAUGCGCACGGAUAUCCGGUGGCACCUCCUCAUUUCAUUCCACAACGCCUUGGCCCACAGGGAGGGUUGCCUGAAUACCAGCCGUUCCAUGAAGCAGGCCUUUGAAGGCACACGCCAUUAUUCGUCUGCAUAUCCUGAGCAUU